AUAGUAGUAAUCAAAAUACAACACGCUUGGGAACCCGCGACCUCAGGAAGUCUAUUAGUAGUCGUAUAGCCACCAUCCUUAAGAACAUCUGUUUCAAAAAAAGUAUAUUGAUCUGAUUUCGAUAAAAUGCGGCUAACUUUGCAGAUGUUGAUAUCCCAUGGCCGAGUUGCCCGUAAAAUGGGUCUUGGUCCCGAGUCCCGAUUAAACAUGCUUCGGAACAUUCUUACCGGGCUUGUUAAGCACGAAAGGAUAGAGACCACUCUAGGAAGAGCAGACGAAGUUCGGUUUUAUGCAGAAAAGUUGAUUGACUACGCCAAGAAAGGAGACACUGAUACAAAAGCGAUGAAAAUGGCCAACUUUUGGCUCACGGAAAAGGAUUUGAUCCCAAAACUCUUCAAGGUUCUUGCUCCCAGGUUUGAGGCCCAGCCGAAAGGUUACACACGCAUGGCCCGUAUACCCAACAGAGAGAACCUUGACAAGGCUGCCAUGGCUGUGCUGGAGUACAAAGGAAACCCGUUCCCGCCACUACAGCCAGCCAAACGUGAAAAUGAACUCACGCUCAUCAACCAGCUCCUUAAAGGCUACAGAGAAGAGCAGGCACAGCAGGCAGCAGCCAUGGUUGAGUCACAAUGAAACCAGUCACCCAUUGACAUUAGGCAAAUGUCUGUUCUGCCAUUUUUUUUUUUAUUUAUCACAAUUCUGGAACGUUUCACCUUCCUGAAUAAACCCUUUUAGGGAUUC